AUGUCAGCGAAAUAUCCCGGCAGGACUGCCCUAACUACGGCAGAGCUAGAGCUUCAGUUCAUGUGGCAGCAAGCCGAACUCGAGUUCAGCCGAUUAACGAGAAAAAAUCUCAGAGCAGACCAGGGGAAAAGACUGGAAGAUGUGCUGCGAGAGCUUGAAGAAAAGUAUCAACCACAACCCGGCAGUGCAAGGGAGUCUAGCACGAGCAACAAGAAUAAAAUUCGGGACACAAUCAGCAAAGUGCUCAACUGCAUUCAACUUCUGGGUGGUCUAGUAGCCGACGGUGCUUCCGUUGUCUUCGGACCUGCUACCCUGUGUUUCAACGCCAUUUCCUUCCUGAUUGAUGUUCCGAACAAAAUUGCAGAUGUCUACGAAGGCAUUGGAAAUCUCUUUGAAGAGGUCUCGCACUUUCUCGCUCUAUUCAAGAUUUAUGAGAACUUCUCCGAGCUCGAUCCUGACUUGAGAGACGGGACUCACAAGCUCAUGAUGUCGGUUGUCAGGAUAUGUGGGCUUUCCAUCAAGAUCAUCGAAGGUGGUGUUCUACAUCACAUCAAGAUUGGGGCCAAGGUUGCCUUCCUGAAAGAUGAUUCUGGCGUCCGAGCCGAAUUGGUCGAAUUCAAGGCUUUGAUCGACAAGCAGAGUCAUGUAACCGAAGCCGUCACGUUACAGCAUGUCCUCAGCAAUGAAGACAAACUGGCCGAGGCCCUGAGGCGUCAGUACGAAUCUGCGGAGAAAAUAGGCAAUAUAGAGGUCGGGGUCAAGACUCUAGUUGCCGAUCUAAGUGAUCGUAAAUUGCAGAGAAUUACCUCGGAACGCGUUGAUACGAUGGCCAAGAUGCUGGGGAUGACUGAAGAGCCCGCACAGGAGGCGAGAAGAGCAAUUCAAAGGAUGAAAGACAAUCGCCUCAAAGGGAGCGCUCAAUGGUUGAUGGAAAUGCAGGAGUACAAGGAAUGGAAGACCGAUACUGACCAACUCCCUCUGCUCCUGCUCUGUGGAGAGCCCAAAACCGGCAAGUCCUACUUGUUGGCGGCCAUUGAUGAGGACCUCCGUGACCAAGAUCCCACUGUCGCCAUUGCUUACUACAAAUUCAGUGGACAUGAUGCGAAGAGUAACAAAGAGAAGAACAGAGACGACGUUGUUUCGGCACUCAAAUCGAUGGCUCUGCAACUCGCUGGUCAAUACAAGACAUAUUCGAAAGAAAUGGCAGCCCUCAAGGAUGAUUUCAAACCACCAGAUCCUGGCAAAGAGUUGUUUGAGAAGCAGUGGUGGGAUAAGUUGCAACUCUCCAAAUACGCGCAGAUGAAGGAAGAGGCUCAUAUUGUCCUUCUAUUUGAUGGAGUCGAUGAGCUUUCCGACAGUAACACUACCAAAUUCUUCAAGCUGGUGAAGGCAGUGCGUGAUGAAGGUCAGGCCAUCGCCAAAGCUCGAUUGCGAUUCCUUGUCACCGGGAAGGUCAAGACAUUCCAAAACACUAGGCAAUAUACCACCCCGGCAGGCACGAUUCCUACUUCAGAUUACAACGAGCCCGACAUCAUGCUGUAUCUUGAACAAGAACUUGAAGGGGAUGACGUGCUUCAAGGCGGGCACGUGGAGAUGAUGGAUCUUCUCAAAUCGAUCCGAAAAACGCUGCCGACGAAGGCUCAAGGCUCGUUUUCAGCCGUUCAGCAGAAACUCGAGCGCGUCCGGGAGGCAGUCGAGUCCGAUGCGUACUUGGAUGAUGUCGAAACCAUUCUAGCUGAGGACACUGCUGAGGACGUUGACAAGUUAGCUCACAAGGUCAUCGGUGAUCUUAAUGCAUCGCUGAAUGCUCAUGACAUCGAACAGCUCAAUGAGCUGCUCAAGUGGACCAUAUUCGGCUACACCUACUUCAGCGUUGAUGAGUUGAGGGCAGCCCUUUUCUUGAGCUCAGGUCGCGCACCAUUGCAGGCUUUCGAGAAGAAGCUUAAAAACAAAUAUAUGAGAGUCCUACAUCUGGAAGGCGGUACCGUUAGGGUUGACUGGGACAUUUCAAAACUAUUUGCAGGAUCCGAUAGGGGCAUUCCAGGUCGAGAAGCUGCCCUUGAUAUCGACGCUGCAAAGAUAACAAUGACGAUAUCUAUUAAUCAGGCAGACACUCCUACCGUGCAACGAUUCUUAUGGGAUCUCACUGAAAGAGUGGGCAUCGGUAGAUUUGAUUUUACCCCCCUCAAAACCGGCAACGAUGGGAAAGGAGUAAUCGAGUGUGAAGAGGCCCGAGCACAUUACCACCUGGCUGCCCACCUCCUUAAGUUGCUAUGUGAUGAUCCAGACGAGAGAACAAAGCCUCUUGUUUAUUACGCACUGUUGUACCUCCCUUUGCAUCUCGACUCAGUGCGAGAAGCCCUCGGUGAGAAGAAGUUGGGAAACCUGGAGCGACGAACUAUUGCGAAGAGGCUUGUCGAUCUGCUCAGUGAUGUCGAGGGGAUGGAGAAAUUCUGGGACACCAGUGACGACAUACACGAAUCCUGGCUCAGCAACGACGCUGUCUUUACCAUUCAAUCAUGGCUGGACGACUUCAAAACAAGAGAAGUGCUGGAGCCCAGAGAAAGGCGUUGGAUCAGACAAUACGCUUCCCGGGCUGACGGUCGAGGAGGCUUCUACAGACCGAUGACAAUCAUGGUGGCGAGGCAUUGGCUGCAAGACUCUGCAUGGCGUGCUCGCCAGAGCUUUUCUUGGGUAGAUCGGUUCAUCGCUUUGGUAAGUUGGCUUCGCUUUAUCGCAGGCCUGCUGUAG